AAACACGACAUUUGAUGGUUAUCUGUGGUUUGCAUCCAAAACAAAAUGCACUUUUUUACCUAUGCUACUUCGCUUUGCUUGUAUUAAAUGGCUGCGAGUGUACAGAAUCUAAUCUUAAUUACUGCUUAAAAGUAAUAAAUGUAAUCACUUAUUAUUCAGCGUCCAGAAAACAUUAUUGUAUGUGUUUCGAUUGUGUGUCAUUAUGACUUCAUUUUAUCAUUAUUGCUAGGAGCAGAUUUUGAAAUAAUAAUGCGGAGUUCAAUAUGAAGGAGAUGGUAGGAGGAUGCUGUGUGUGCUCGGACGAGCGUGGUUGGCCGGACAACCCGCUGGUCUACUGCGACGGGAACGGAUGCACAGUUGCAGUUCAUCAAGCCUGCUACGGUAUAGUGACAGUGCCAACUGGCCCAUGGUACUGUAGAAAAUGCGAGAGUCCAGAAACCAAAGGGAAAGUGCGAUGCGAGCUGUGUCCUUCUAAAUCUGGUGCUCUCAAACGAGCCGAUACUGGAGGCUGGGCUCAUGUUGUCUGUGCACUUUACAUACCCGAGGUCCGAUUCGGCAAUGUCACGUCUAUGGAGCCAAUUGUUUUAAGACUGAUUCCGCCCGAGAGAUACAAUAAGAAUUGCUAUAUUUGUCAAGAAUCUGGAAAAACUCAUAGAGCUACUGCUGGCGCGUGUAUGCAGUGUAACAAAUCUGGGUGCAAACAGCAGUUCCACGUGACUUGCGCUCAGAGCCUGGGUCUGCUCUGCGAGGAGGCCGGCAACUACCUGGACAACGUCAAAUAUUGUGGCUACUGCCAACACCAUUACAGUAAACUGAAAAAGGGCGGAAACGUGAAGACCAUCCCUCCGUACAAGCCAGUGUCGCAUGACAGCCCGUCCAGUGACUCCAGCUGUGAGAAGGAGGGCGACGCCUCGCCCAUGGCUAGCGGGAGCGGGACCCCUACACAUGCUGCUAAGCCCAAGGGGCCUGGUCGAAAAUCAGGUGGUGUCUCGGGAAAGAACACUCCUAAUUCAUCGAAGACUCCUACAAACACUCCACAGCCUACAGACAAGAAGAAGCCAUCGCCGUCGCGCCGCGGGUCUUCGGCGACGGAAGGCGGGUCGGGCAGCAAGGCCAGCACGCCGGCGCCGUCACCGCAGCAUCCGGCCUCCGACGCUCCCCAACCCCUUAACAAACCACCUGGUGGGUCUACUCCCGGCAGCACCCCUAAAGCGAGUCUGCCGGCAACCUCCCCCAGUUCCAAGUCUACGGAAGCAGUCGGGGUGAUCAGCUCGGUGGCGUCUGCUACCUCGGUCCCUUUGCCAGCUAUAACAGCAACUCCUCCCAGUUUGUCGGCGAGCACGCCCCCAGGGCAAGCGCCCUUGAAGCCCCUAUACCAGGAGUCCGUGAUCACGAAUACGGACACCGCGGACACGAAGCAGACCAAGAAGCGCAAGGCGGUGACCGCGGCCGGCACGCCCACGCCGCUCGACUACGCGCCCACGCCGCCUCCCACGGGGGUAUCGGACAUGAACUCACAAAGUUGCAGUAGUAUGUGGGAAGGGCAGCUAUCUAACGACGUGCAAAUGGACAACGCAGAGAAAAUCAUCAAGAAGGCUAAGACGGAAGGAGCGGAGAACUUGGGCGUGUCCCACUUUUCGAGCGUGAGCGCCGCGCCGCCGCCGCCACCGCCGCCGCCCGCACACAGUCCCGCAGCGCAGCCUAGCCCCAGACAUUUACCCAGUCCCAUGCCUGGCCCCAGCGGCGCUAACCAGGCGGUGACCAACAUAAGGUCCCCUUCCCAUCCACAGGUAACAGCACCACCAGAGAUGUCGGCACCUUCGCCUCAUAUAUUCCAUCAACCCCAAAAACAGACCGCCAUGGAGCCGGGGAUGAGCCACUCGCCGCACGGAGUCCCGGCGCGCAGCAGCUGGGGCGGCCUCAGCGUCGCCUACGAGAUGCAGCAGGACCCCACCAAAUCCAGCGUGAGCUGCCUGCCCGGGACCAGUAAGGAGGGCGGGCUGGCGGUGGCGGGCAUGGCCGGCAUGCCGCCCGUCACGGUGCGCAACAAGAAGCGCGCCGCCAUGGCCUCCUCCGUCGUCACCAUGGCCAGCAACCCCACCACAUCCACUAUACAGUCGGCGGCACAGAGCCUGGCCAGCAUCCGCCGGCAGCCGCAGCCCACACCACCGCCUAUCUACCAGGAGACCAUAAAGGACUCUCCGCCGAGCUCUCCCAGUUCUGAAAGGCCGCUGAAACCUAAGUUGGAGUCAAAGAUGGGCGGCGGGUACUCGGCGCCGCACAUGCUGGGCAACGAGCUGAACCCGGAGAGCGGCGCCGCGGCGCGCCUCCAGGAGCAGCUGAGCGCCGAGCUAGCGGCGCACGCGGCGGGCGGCGCCGGCCUCGACCCGCUAGUGCCGCCACCGCUCAUCAACAAGGCGGCCCCGGGCGCGAGCUCGCGCAGCGGGUCGGGCGCGCAGAGCCUCGACCAGUUGCUGGAGCGGCAGUGGGAGCAAGGCUCGCAGUUCCUCAUGGAGCAGGCGCAACAUUUCGACAUAGCAUCGCUGCUGUCGUGCCUGCACCAGCUGCGCACCGAGAACGUGCGGCUGGAGGAGCACGUAGGCAGCCUGCUGCAGCGCCGCGACCACCUGCUGGCCGUCAACGCGCGCCUCGCCAUCCCGCUCACCGCUGUGCCUACUGGGCCGCCGGAGCCCCGCGGCUGCGCGCGCGAGAAUGGAGGCGCGCGCGCGCCGCCCGCGCCCGUGCGCCCCGCCGAGACCAUCACCUCCGACCGCGGCCAUCAGCUGAUGAUGCGCGAAGUGCAGCAGAAGCCUAGCUGAAAGCAGCCUGGGGGCGGCGAGGGCGGCGACAGCGGCGGUGGCGGCGGCGGCGCGGGCGGCAGCGGCGCGGCGCGCGACCCCGACGCGCUGCGCACCGUGCAGACCUACAUCAUGCUCGAGCAGCGGCGCCGGGCCGACUUCUCCAUCGACGCCAUCCUCAAGUUCGACCACUGAGCCGGCGCCGACGCGACCGACGGCGGGUCACUUAUUAGUUGCCGGUUACUGCAUUACCCGAGUGCGGACGAGUCGCCGCGACGUUAUGUUUCCACCGAACCUGUCCAACAAUACAUACCCAUUAUCAUAUUUAAUUACCAAUUGACGAUCGUUAGUACCCAGCUUGUGGCUAUUAUCAAUUAAAUUUUUCGAUAGUGCGAAACGUGAAAAGACACUAAGAGCUCGGACAAUCGUGUAGCUCUCAAAAAAUGUGAGUAACGUUCCGCGACUCCAGAGUCGCUUCAGCAGAAUCAGUAGUGUGUCGCCGACGCCGACCGGGCCAGUCGUCAACCACUUACACGUGCUAAUUUGGACUUCAUUGCGGACGACUAAACACGAGGACAAUCGCUCUGCGCUGUUUAAUAAUUCCGACUAAUUACAACAAAGGCCAUUGCGUAACAUCAUGCGUUCCUGCAUUACUGCAAUGUAUACUGAAGUUGCGCUUAACACUUCAUAAUAUGAUUAUAUCAAUAGCAUUGUAUAGAUCAAAUAUCUUAAAACUCAUUGGAAUUUAUGUUUAAGACUUUUCUGUAAAUAUUUAGUAAGCGCAGCUACUGUAACACGUUUCAUGGCCAAUGCAGUAUUUUUUGUGAUGUCGUUGUUAAAGUAAAACAUGAUUUGCUUAAUAAGAACUGUUGAAACUUUUGUCUGUUUACAAGAAACUAAAUGAUAAUAAUAACAGCUAUUACUGUAAUAAAUGGUAAAUGUUUGAUGUUACAAUUGAUUGUAUACUCAAUGUUCAGUGUUGUGUUCUUCAAUGUUCUGUAACAUAUCAUAUACAUUCUAAGAUCAUGUUUAAUCAAUGCCAUUGCUCACUAUAACCAAAGAGUUAUUGACUGUAAAAUUAUUGUAAUGUCUGAGAAUAAAUCGAGCCCUGAGUUUGACGGUUGAAUUA